GUAGAACAUCGCUCAUCGGUCCGACAUAAAAUGAGGUUUUCGUCGUCGAUUCAAAUACCUCCUUCUGUUUAUCCAACUGCACGCCGUGACGAGUCGAUUGUGGACAACUUCCAUGGGACUAUGAUUCAUGAUCCUUACCGCUGGAUGGAGGAUCCUGAUUCAGAAGAGACGCGUCACUUCGUCGAUCAGCUAAAUGCAAUUUCGGAGCCGUUUAUCGCUCAAGCUCCCAGCCGGGAAAAGAUCAGAAAUCGGUUGGUGAAAUUGCGUAAACUGGAUCAAAUCAUGGCUGGCUCUCUCUUUUCCUCUAUCAAAGAUGUCCCUGCCAGGUUGACUGAGCUAUGGGAUUACGAGAAGUACAGCUGUCCUUCAAAGCGUGGCAAUUUCUACUAUUACAGCUACAACUCAGGACUUCAGAACCAAUAUGUAAUUUACCAACAGAAGAAUGUGCAUGAAAAGGGUGAAGUCUUUUUGGAUCCGAACACGCUCUCAGCUGAUGGGACUACAUUUCUCAGAAUCUCAGCUUGGACAAAAGAUGGUUCGAUUCUCGCAUACGGUCUGAGUGAAAAAGGCAGCGACUGGGUGACAGUCAAGUUUCGUGGUGCGGAUAAGAAAGAUCUGAAGGACACUAUCACAGGAGUGAAACAUUCUUCUCUUUCAUGGAUGAAUGACAAGUCAGGAUUAUUCUACUGCAAAUACCCUGAUCAUAAGGUGCACUUUUUCACUCAGGAAAGCGCUAUCGAUGGCACAUCAGUGGAAAAGCACGAAAACCACUCUCUCUUCUUCCAUCGUAUGGGCACUGAUUGCAAGGAGGACGUUCUUGUGUAUGAUCGCAGAGAGUGUGGAAGCUUCAUGAUGUUUCCAUUGUUCUCAUCCCAAGCGAUUUAUACUUCUGUGACACGUAAUUACAGUGGAGGUACGGUAACAGAAGAUGGCCGCUACUUAAUCGUCGAUGUUUCUCGUGGAUGUGAUCCCUUCAAUAUGCUCUACUACUACGAUCUCUCCACUAUGAAAGGCCCGAUUGGGAAAAUCAAUCCUACACCUCUGUUCGAUAAACUGGAUGCUAAAUAUGAGGUUUGUAGUUUUGAACGGGAGAUGGACCAAGAGAUUAGCUUGUGUGAUGGCAUAAUGGCUAGAUUCAAGAAAACCUUUCAGUAUGUGGAUCAUGACGAUGAUUCUAUGUUGAUCCACACGAAUCACAAUGCUCCAAUGUUCAAGUUGAUCAGAGUGUCACUAAAAGACAGAUCAAUCAAGGAAGUUGUACCUGAAAACCCUCGGCAUAAGUUGGAUUGGGCUACACCAGUUGCCGGUGAUCGCCUUGUUCUUUCUUACAUUGAAGAUGUUAAGGACGCCUUGUAUGUUCACGAUCUCAGUACAGGUUCACGAUUAUACUCUAUACCAUUGAAAGUCGGGUCAAUUUCCGGGUUUUUCGGUAAGAAAAUACUUAGUGAAAUGUUCUUCUCCUUUGAGUCUUUCACGGUCCCCACCAUUAUCUAUAGGAUUGAUUUCGCAUCCGUCGACAAAAAGACAGCGCCACAAGUGCAGGAACUGCGGCGAGUUCGUGUGCCUGGAAUGGACGAGAACGACUUUACUGUACAGCAAGUAUUUUAUGAAAGCAAGGACAAGACCAAGGUUCCCAUGUACAUUAUUUCCUUGAAAGGAGCGCAAAAGACUGGUAAUACCCCCACAAUUCUCAAUGGCUAUGGAGGUUUCAAUGUUUCUGACAUGCCGUACUUUUCUGUUAGUCGUCUUCUGGUAGUGAAACAUUUCAGAGGUAUUAUUGCUUGCGCAAAUCUUCGUGGUGGGAGCGAAUAUGGCGAGGCUUGGCACAUGGGUGGCAUGAGAGAAAAGAAGCAGAACGUCUUUGAUGAUUUCAUUGCCGCAGCCGAGUAUCUCAUCAAAAACAAAUACACGAACUGUAAAAGGCUGGCUAUACAUGGCGGUUCCAACGGUGGAUUACUUGUUGCAGCAUGCUCUCAGCAACGUCCCGAGCUCUAUGGAGCCGUGCUAAAUCGUGUGGGUGUUAUGGACAUGCUUCGCUUCCACAAAUUCACAGUCGGUGGAGCGUGGGUUCCAGAAUUCGGUAACCCUGAUGUGGAAAAGGACUUCCACUUCAUCUCCAAGUAUUCACCUCUUCAUAAUAUCAAGUUUCCCGAAGGAAGACAAUGGCCCUCAACUUUGUUGAUGACUGCCGAUCAUGACGAUCGUGUUGUACCAAGUCAUACGUUGAAAUAUGCGGCUACUUUGUACGAAAAGGUUGGCCAUUAUUUCUAUCCAUCUCUGAUUAUUGAUGAUACUGUAGGUUGGGCUAAGAAAGUGGGCUCCGAUAGUAGCAAUCGUGCCAAACUUCACGAGCCCCAGACAAACCCACUUCUGGUUCGUGUCGAGGUGAAAGCAGGGCACGGAGCUGGAAAGCCUACCGCGAAAGUGAUUGCUGAAAUUGUUGACAUGUACAGCUUUCUGCAGAGGGUUUUGGACAUAGAAUGGAAGGAUUAA